AUGGUGCGUGUCGAGGUCGACCGCGACGACGUCCUCUGCGCCAUCUGCCUCGACGUGCUCACGGCGCCGACGACGCUCGCCUGCGGCCACUCGUUCGACCUGCGCUGCGUCCGUCGGCUACACAAGGCGACCAGCGCGCUCGCCUGUCCCGUCUGCCGUGCCCCGAUCAAGCCGUCCCACCUACAGGUGCUGCGCGUCAACACCUUCCUCGCCACCCUCGUCCAACGCGCCGCCCCUCUCGAGCAUGCGGAGGUUGUAGCAUGCCUCGACGACGAGGCCACGGCGCCGCCGAUCCUGGUCCUCGACACGUCGCCGCCGCUGACCAAGAUGCCGGGCUUCCUCUUUGCCUGCUACGCGCUCAUCGUCGGUCUCAACGCCGUUGCCAUCUACCGACUCGUUUGCCUAUGA